AUGAAGUCUGCCUCAAGUUCCCGCGGCGGUGGGUCCGGUGGGCGUGGUGGUGGCGGCUGGGGUGGUGGCUGGGGCGGGGGUCGAGGCGGAGGAGGCAAAGGAGGAGGAGGGGAUGGCGGCCCCGGAGGCAAAGGCGGCUUCGGGGCGCGGUCGCGUGGCUUCGGGGGCGGAGGCCGGGGGCGGGGGCGCGGAGGCGGGGACAGCAGGGACCGUGGUGGCAGCGGGCAGCGGCGUGGCGGCGUGGCCAGGAGCAAAAACCGCCGGCGGAAGGGCGCCAAUGCCGUGACGGUGGAGCCACACAGGCAUGAGGGUGUCUUCAUCUACCGCGGAGCGGAGGACGCGCUGGUAACGCUGAAUAUGGUGCCGGGCCACUCGGUGUACGGCGAACGGCGCAUCACAGUGACUGAGGGCGGCGUGAAGCAGGAAUACCGCACAUGGAACCCCUUCCGCUCCAAGCUGGCAGCCGCAAUCCUGGGCGGGGUCGACCAGAUCCACAUCAAGCCCAAGUCCAAAGUGCUGUACCUGGGUGCUGCCUCGGGGACCACGGUGUCUCACGUCUCUGACAUCAUCGGCCCCGAUGGCCUCGUGUAUGCGGUUGAGUUCUCCCACCGCGCUGGCCGCGAUCUGGUUAAUGUGGCCAAGCAGCGAACCAACAUCAUCCCAGUUCUCGAAGAUGCCCGGCACCCACUCAAGUACCGCAUGCUCAUAGGAAUGGUGGAUGUGAUCUUUGCCGAUGUGGCCCAGCCUGACCAGUCCCGCAUAGUGGCUCUGAAUGCCCACACCUUCCUGCGCAACGGGGGCCACUUCCUUAUUUCCAUUAAGGCCAAUUGCAUCGACUCCACUGCAUCUGCUGAGGCGGUGUUUGCUUCAGAGGUGAGGAAGUUGCAGCAGGAGAACUUAAAGCCUCAAGAGCAACUGACCCUAGAGCCCUAUGAGAGGGACCACGCUGUAGUCGUCGGGGUCUACCGGCCCCUUCCCAAGGGCAGCAGCAAGUAG